AUGCGUAGGUUUUCAAUCAUGCUCAUCGCUCAGAAUCUUUACUUAGUUCGAUGCUGACCAAACUUUGAAGAGGAAUAUGUAUGAAAAAAGGUCUACUAAGUUAAACAUAGCUAAACGUUUGUCUAGGCUAUACAAUGACGGCAAUCGAUACCGACGUGGGUGCAGCAUCCAAGAUGUUUGACGUAAAUGUUCUAGGGCCGAUGCGAAUGGUUCAUCAUUUCCACGACCUACUCAUAGCCGCAUCUGGCACAAUCGUGAACAUCGGCUCAGUUGGUGGUAUAGUGCCUUAUGUUUAUGGAUGUGAGUUGAACAAGAAAGAUCCAGAACCGCUCGGUUAA